AUGGACAGGAGAGCCGAAAUCCUAUAUCAUCACAUCGAUUUAAUGAAGGAGACCUACAUCAAACGACUAAAGGAGUUUGUCGCAAUUCCAAGCAUCUCCGAAGACCUCAACCACCGUCUUGAUGUCUUGAGAGCACUACGUUGGUGUGGAAUUCGACUCAAGAACAUGGGGUUCGACAUUCGCUACCGCAUAGUCGGGACGGAGAACGUCUACAUUGGUGAUGAGGUGCCGUUGCGCACAGAGGAGACUGCCCAUCUUCCGUACCUCCUCUGUGCUUCCCUUGGCUACGACACAACCAAGUACACGCUACUGAUCUACGGCCACGUCGACGUGAAGAUGAUUGCGCCAGGCGAGGUGUGGAAUGGCGACCCCUUCGAAAUGCAAGUGGUCGGCGAUUUCAUCUACGGUCGAGGCGUCACCGAUGACAAAGGACCUGUGCUUGGCUGGAUCAAUGCCAUUGAAACGUUCACGCAAUGCGCUAUAGAACUUCCCGUGAAUGUGCGCUUCCUUAUUGAUGGAUCAGAAGAGACCGGCUCAGAGUUAAUUCCUGAACUUUUGAGAGAGUUGAGAAAAGAUUUCCUCGUGGGCGUCGACUUCGUGGCCAUUUCAGACAAUUACUGGUUGAACAUGGACACACCGUGUCUGACCUAUGGACUGCGAGGCGUGAUCUACUUCUACGUCUACGUUGACGGAUCAAGUCGCGUCCUGCACUCUGGUACCCACGGCGGCGCUGUGCAGAACCCUCUUGUCGACUUGGAAGCGCUGAUGUGUUCCCUGGUGAGUACCAACGGGACGAUCUUGGUGCCGGGAGCCUACAGUUGCGUGCGGCGUCCCACUGAGGCUGAACUCAGGCAAGACUACUUUUUUUCCCAAAACUUCGAAACCUUGGAUUUUGACCCUGCGACUUACGCAAAGCAAAUAGGCACGGACGCAUUGUACAGCAAUGACAAGGUGGAACUUCUUCGAAGGCGUUGGCUCCUUCCAGCGGUUGAAUUCCACGGAAUCGAGAAAUCAUUCGACAGAAUUGGAGCCCCCACACUUAUACCCAAAUCGGUAAUGGGAAAGUUUUCGUUGAGGAUCGUGCCUGACCAAAAUCCCUACUUGAUGUCCGAGCGCUUCAAGUGUUACCUCCACCAGAUGCACUACCGGCGCUGCAGUGGCAACCGCUUAAGGGUGAAGAGUUUUAUCGAUGGACGCGCUUUUCUCGCUGAUCACACCUGUGUGAACUACCGCGCUGCGUACAAGGCGCUAGAGGAGGUGUGGAAGAAGAAGCCAGAUCUCACGCGAGACGGCGCUACCAUUGCCAUGGCGUGCACUCUUGAGGAGACAACCAAUAGGGACGUGGUUCUGAUCCCAAUGGGUGAGUGUCAGGACUUCCAGCACGAGGCCAGGGAACGGAUGUCUGUUCGCAACUACAUCAACGGCAUCAAAGUCUUUGUCUCCUACCUCUGCAACCUCAGUGCUGCGAUCAUAGAAGACAGCGAAGACGAGGAUAUGCGUCAAGAAGAUCGUGAUAGAUGGCGGAAGAGGUUCUGGUAG